AUGGAAGUACUUAAAUAAGAAAAAACUUAUUUGCUCGACAGCUACUUAUUUUCUUUGAAUACAAAGAUCACCUAGGUAAAGCAAGACGAAUCUGAUCCUAAUUUACUUAAUAUCUUAUUUGAAAAAACUAUUUUCCAUCCUUAAGGAGGCGGUCAACCUUCAGAUAAUGGAUUUAUUGAAGUAAAUGGUGAAUAAAUCCCUGUAAAAAAAUUGAUUUACAUUAGAGAGCAAGAGCUUAUUUUCCAUUAAGUAGAAAAAAAAGACUGUAUCAAAGAGAAUUAGGAAGUGAGAAUGCAAAUUGAUGAAAAUUUCAGAAGAUAAAACGUCUUGCUUCACUCUGGAGGUCACUUGAUAGAUGUUGCUGUAAACAGAUUAGGUUAUGAAUGGGAAGCUGGUAAAGGUUAUCAUUUUAUUGAUGGUCCUUAUGUUGAAUACACUGUAAACAAAUGGGAAGAAGGUAGCUAAGAAAAAUUAAAGGACUAAAUCAAUUAAGAAUUAGAAAAAAUUUUGACAGAGGGUUCUCCUGAAAAUCCAUCUAUAUGUAAAAUAUACGAAUAUGAUGAAGCCAAAAAAGAAAUCAGUAAUUUUCCUACUUAUCUUCCUGAAGGAAUAAAUAUUAGAUGGGUAAAACUUAAUAAAUUAGACCCUGGAUGUCCAUGUGGUGGAACUCAUGUAAAGAAUGUGUCUGAUUUUAAGAAAGUUGUUGUUAAUAAAAUCCAAAAGAAAGGAAAAAAACUAAAAGUAUCUUAUACAGUUUAGUGA